UAAGCUUGAAAAUAUGGCUCAUCUUCAGGAUGGCAAAUGGUCUUGGCUCGUCUGUUUAUCAGCUACAAUGUCAUGGUUUGCAGCAAUGGGCUUUGUGUUUAGCUUUGGAAUCUUCUUUCCUGUAUUCAUGGAUUAUUUCAAAGAAUCAAGGGAAAAAACAGGUAUUGUACCAUAGCCAAGUAAUUUAAAAAAAAUCCGAAAAAUAUUUGACGUUAGAAGUUAGAGCACCAGGCCGGAUAGAGGUUUAUCUGCCAUGUAGAGUACGUUUGGAGAUCAGAUGCACCGUUUCCUUGACCAGAAACGCGUAGACUACCGGCUAAAUGGAUGAUUCCAAUAAAGCAUUUGGAAAAACAAACUGUAAACACAUCGAACUUAACCCAUUCCCGCAAGUUGUGUUUAAUAAGGUCACGGCUGAUUAAGAUAGCUAAAGGUGUCAAGUUCCAAUAAAGUAAGGUAAAAAGGGUAAUGAUCAGAAAAAUAAAAAUAAAAAACAGAUUACGGAGAAAAAGGGGUGAAUGAAGGUUGACGUGAUCCUUUGUUCCUCUGGGAUUUUCCCUUUGAAAAUUUCUCUGACUCUGAUUGUUUUCCUCGGCCAAAUAAACCGAGGUUUUAAAAAGGUUGCGUAAAGAUAUCAAUCACUUUAAUUUGGUUCGAUUACCAGAUGGGCAACUGUAACUAAUCGAUUAUCUGGUUGACGAGAAAGGGUUAAUUGAGCCUAUUAAUUUCCACUCUGAUUUAACUCUCGACCUUGCGCUGGGGAUCUUAAUUACUUAAUUCACUUCAUUUUUAUUAUUUUUUUUCCCUGCAAGUGUGCGUGAAUGAUUGAUUGAUUUUUUUAAACUUUAUUUAGACGACUUCGGAAUGUCUUGUACGGUGUUUGAUAAGGUUUUUCCAGGGGGUUUUAAAGACUACGCUAGUUUUGGCUUGUAACAGUGCGAGAGGAGCCAGAGGGUUUUGUUUUUGUCGUGAGGUAUUUUGUUUUUGCCGUGAGGUUUUCGGUUUUGCCGUGAGGUAUUUUGUUUUUGCCCUGAGGUUUUUGGUUUUGCCGUGACAGUUGUGGGUCACCGUAGGUCCACAAAUUUUCGAAUCAGAACUUUUCUCCUCACAAACACAGUGUUUGCAGUGUGGUGAUACAAUGAGCCUGGGUUAGCUGUGAUUUUAUCAAUUUCUUAAUUUCCUGUGCCCUAUUUAUAGUACGAAUAGACUAUAAGUCACGCGCUUAAUUUGUGUAUACACUCUUUUUUUUCUAUAAGAAUAUAUUUUAUAAGAAUAUCAAGGCUGAAAUUUGCGAAAUCUUAAGAAUACUUUAAGAAUAAAUUCCAGGCUGAGAUUUUGAAAAGGAUAUAAUUUCGUGUGGUGAAAAUCUGUAAACACAAUACAAAUAUACCUUUUCAAUUUAUUCCUUUCUUUAAACGGCAAAACUAGCUAACUAUAUUUAACAAACCUAUUAUUGAUACCUUAAUAUAUUCUAAUUCGGAAAUGUCAUAAGCUAUUAUUAAGAAUAAUACAAGAAUAUUUACAGCCUAAAAUCGGCGGAAAAAUAAGAAUAUUCAGCCUGGCCCUGGAAAACAACAUUCUUAUAAAAAAAAAAGAGUGUAUCCGACUGAGAGUGACCCCUAACCUUUCUAUGUAUCAUCACGACAUUCGGUUUAGUAGACAAAGAGAUCAACAAAGUUCCACCUGUGAUACACAGACCACGGCAAAACCAAAGACCUCACGACAAAAACAAAUACUUCACAGCAAAAGCCAAAUAACUCACGGCAAAAGCAAAUACCCACGGCAAAACCAAAGCUAUUUUGUUUUUGCUGUGAAGUAUUUGGUUUUGCCGUGAGGUUUUUGGUUUUGCCGUGAGGUAUUUUGUUUUUGCCGUGACGUUUUUGGUUUUGCCGUCCCGUGACAGUUGUGGGCCACCAUAGUGGACUGAUCCACCCUGCAGUCAAUUGCUGCUGUGCUAACUUAACUGCCCACACGAAGUUUCAGGAUUCCUCUGGUCUGAUUUCCUGAAAUUCCGUGCCAGAGCAUUACACGAUCGGAACUUCUCUCUGAUUUAGGUUAACCUAAGCCGGAUUUCAUCAGCCUUGUUAGUCCUCUUUGUGUCGCAGGGAGGCCGGGGAGAGGCAAAAAGAAAUCACGAGGGGGACGAUGGGAAGAGGAAGUUCCCUCUUCCCAUCGUACCUCGCGCGCUUAAUGCUAUUUUUUACUGGGAUACCCAGGGGAAGUCUGUAAGGAAGAGAGAGCCAGCCUUUUGCGUUGGGCUUUCCCGUUUUCGCACGAACCUUUCUAACACCAUUGCAAAGUAGAGGGCCCCUUGGCAUAUAGUAUUUUAUUUUUUAAAAAGAAUUAACCACAAUCUUGUUUUAGCGUAAGGGUGAAAAACUAAUUUCACAUUCAGUGUUUUAUAGAUCGUCAAAAACCGCCAAAAUGUUGUUUUAGUAACACUGUCUGAAAAAAAAGAGCACACUGCAAUCAUGUCUUUUUUUUCGCGCGCUUGCAAUUUUACUUAGUUUCACAGAUUUUAGAAUAAUAUAACAACUUCUUGUCCGACAACUAUACCUUAUAGGCAUAAUAUUAAAUGUUACAAGCAACAGAAAUGAACUUUGAAACUGUCAGGCAGUUCGUACUGUUUGAAUUCUGAUAAAUUUUGUGAACGGUCCUUUAAGUGUUCGGCUAGGUAAUCCGGAUAAACGUACGCGCGUUUUGUACCCUAAAUCGCGACGAUUCGCGCACGAUGAUUGGAUUAUAAGGACGAGGAAUUCAUCACGAAGUUACAUAUUACCAUAGCUCGGUGUUCAGAAUGAGCUGUCGAGUCCCUUUAUACUGUUUAAUAGGGACGCCUAGAUAUGGCUGAUGAUGCAUCAUGUGUGGCUUAUUACUAGUUGUGUUUAAGCCGAAACUUCUAUCUAAAUGUAGCUUUUAACGUUACUGUUGUUGUUUCUCUUUAAUGCAGCUUGGAUAGGCUCUCUUGCCAUAGCGCUUAUCUUUUUUGCUGGACAUUUGUCGGGAGCCCUGGUUAAGCGAUUUGGCUGUCGCUUCACCACCUUGCUGGGGGGAUUUCUCUGUACAUUAAGCCUUGGCCUCUCCUCCCUGGCACAAAACAUCCUCCAUUUGUAUCUAACCUACAGUGUUCUGUAUGGCCUGGGAACUAGCUGUGCUUUUUCUUCGAGCCUCGUUAUCAUCAGCAAGUACUUCAAAGUGAGGCGUUCCUUGGCGCUUGGAAUCGUUAUGUUGGGGCAAGGCGGAGGGGUCCUUAUAUGGAGCCCUCUUUUGCAGAAAAUGAUAGACGAGUUUGGCUGGCGUACCACGUACCGAAUAAUGACCGGGGUAGUUCCAGUACUGUUCUUGUUUGGCAUAACAUACAGUCCUAACGUAGAAAGUGAAGAAGUAGAUACAAGUCAAACGGCUGUGGAGGAGAAGAAAAAAGGUUGCCAUAUUGAUGUAUCUGUGUGGAAAGAGCCCAAGUUUGUGGCCGUUUGUAUAUCGGCAUCAGUGAUGAUGUUUGGCCACUAUGUGCCACAGAUUCACUUGGUAAGCUUCAUCGAUAAUGUUAAAGAAUAAUAUAUUGCUUCUCCCGAGCCUUAAUGCGACUGAAACUAUUUAAUAACAAUCGCCGCUAUUUCGUUUACAAUCAUGUUUUUUCCGGGUGUCCUCGCUGGGUGCAGUGGAUCCUUUACGCUGGAAAUGUCCUGUCCGCUCUGUGAUUGCCUGUUUUAAUUGUGAGACACAGAAACUCAACUUCAACUUUUCAGUAACUGUCAAAGUCGCUUUUAAUUGAACUUUGUGAAGUUUCCAAGUUUCACAGCAAACGUUUCUUUUGUUUGAGCAUUUUUUUUCACCAGAUAAAACAGAGGCUUUACAAUGUAGAAAAUGAAACCGCAUGUAACCGUGCAUUAGUGAAUGCAACCGCAGUUAAUGAUUUGUCGCAAGCAGUAUAAGAAUAUAAAUUUUUCGUUGGUCAGUCAGUUUUCAAAGUACCUUUGACCUGGGUGUUCAUUUUAAAUUUGGAAAUGACUUUCAGUCACGCGCAAAUAGUUAUUAUUUUUUUCAUGAAUAGUUGUGCAGUCGGCCAUUUUGAGGUUCUUGCGGGCGAGACUGGGUUCUAUCAGAUUGCACUAUGGGAUUGUUUUGGGGACGCUAUCACUUCUGUCAUUGGCUGUUACAGAUUUGUCUGGGUCAAAAUUCGUUGUCCAUUACAGUCCCAUAAUGCAGUUCGACACAUCUUGAACCCAGUCUCGCGCCAGCGACCUCAAAACUGUGGCCAAUACGCUAUUCAUUUCUUUUUUUCUUGCCCCUUUGCUCAGUUAACAUUUAGAUUCAUACCUUCAUCAGGUGAGAUAUUGUGAAGACAUAGAUAUCACAGCUGAUGCCGCCUCCCGACUCUUCAUCUACUAUGGUUUGGCAUCCUGCGUCGGCAGACUGAUAACUGGUCGGCUUUGUGACUUCGAGAAAGUGAACACUUUCUACGUCUAUCAAGCGGCCGAGCUUGUUGUGGGAAUUGGAACCUUCUUAGUAACCUUGGCAACGUCGUACCUUCACAUGGUUAUCUUCAUUGUGAUUUACGGGCUCUGUGACGGUGCUUUCAUCACUGCCCUGAAUGUUCUUCUACUGAAAAGUGUCAGUCCAGAAAAAGUUCCCGUUGCUAUCGGAUGGGAGAUGCAAAUCAGUUCGUUUUUUCUGGCCAGCGGUCCUCCUAUAGCAGGUACGUUGGUCCACCCCAAGCUAUAAAAAGCUUGACGGAAUAUGACGGAACCCUCAUAAAAAAAAACCCGGUCGAAUGUUAAUUCUUCCCAGUUAAUAAAGCAAAUGCACGGGAUAAGACUAGGAAAAUCACCCCCUUUACAACGAGCUUUUAGUUCCCUGGCAUAUAUGUUCAAUUGUCACUAGUGGCGGUUUCAUAUGUUUAAGCGACUGGGGUCCGGUUCAUCCAUACCCUUAGAUAAGAUGGAGUUGGAGGGAGCGGGGGAUUGGUUGGUGGCCUCGUAAAUUGUUCUUGUCCCUGUGGGCGCGGCUUAUCCGGAUGCACCCUGAACUUGGACCAAAGAUAAUUAUUUAUAUUCGAUUUGUAAUCUGACAGAAAGAUAACCUGCCUAGCUGGCGGGUAUUUUUGGUGUGUUUUUUCUUUUGUUGUUCGAUGAGUAAGAGAUACAGCCGCGCGAAAGCUGAACCGAGUUCGAAACAGAAAACCAUGUGGUGGGGGACAAGAGGGGAAAAACAUUGAGAAAAACACUCACUGCCUUUUCCCCUUGCCCCUUAACAUCGUUUUCUGUUUAUACCUUAGGGCUUUCGUGCGGCUGUGUCCCUUACUGUACGAACCACAAAAGAAACAACAUACUAAAAAACAACUGCCAGCUACCGCAGGCUAGAAGAAAGAUAGUGAAAAUAUCUUCGUCUAAAAAUUCCGUGUUUAGGCAACCUUGGGCCCCUCUAUAUAACAAAACCUUGGAGCUGCCAACAAGAGCGAGUGAUUAAUCAAGACGCCAACAAGCUGGAAACAACUUAUAACAAGUAGAUUGGUGUACAGUAAACUCUCUUUAACACCAACACUUUGGCACCGACACCAAGUGCUCGUCUAAGAGUGAUGUCCAUCUCAUAGAGAGUCAAAUAAAGGGAUUAAACAAAGGAAAGGGCCAACUCUAGAUGUCCUUUUUACCGGGGUGCUCAUCUUUAUAGAGGGGCCUGUUGAGAGACAGUCGACUGUUGUGUUAUUGUGUGUUUAAAAUUCCUGAUGAAAUUAAGGGGGGUUGUGAACCUUCCGUAUUAUCUUACUAACGUUUGACUGAAUCAAACUUGUUGUCUCUGGCAGGUCUCAUGGCGGAUUCUUUAAACUCCUACACUUAUGCGUUUUACAUGGCGGGCGCGGUAGUGAUCGCUGGAGCAUGUAUUCCAUUUCUGUUGCUCUGCACCAAACCGGAGAGGAUUCCUGAACAUGACCCCUGGGCCACCCUGUACGAUGCUGGUACUGAGGAGAUAAUUGAAGCCCCUGAUUGGAGAAGAUCCGUGGUUUAUAUGAUCGAGGACAAAGCCACUUGAGUUUUCUGAACAGAUACACUGCGAUGCGAAUUAUAAGCCACCCUGUAAACAACGCCCCCUCCCCCCCUCCCCACUCCCCACUCCCCCACUCCCCACUCCCCACUCCCCACUCCCCACUCCCCACUCCCCACUCCCUACUCCCUGGGAACGACUCCCAUUCGAAAUUGACGGGGAUACUAAUCGCCUCAUAGAAAUUGCAGACUUUGAUUUCUCUUGGCGUGUUUAAGAUGAAAAGCCAACAAUUUUACUCAUUAUGGUAACAUAAGAAAAAUACAUUUUUUAAGUUUCGGUGGCGCCUUGAUUGGUCCCAACAGAGAGGAGAAAUGUGACGUCACGUUACCAUGGUACCAAAAUUUCUAGAUCACAACAACAGAGAGCUUAAGCAACGACGAUGGCCACGGCAACGAGAAUGGCAAAAAAGCAUUAGGUUUAGAUCAGCAAAACAGCAAUUUUGCACGUGCAUCUGGCUUUUUUGUACAUUUCUUAGCCUUCGUUGCACGACUGCGAUAUAAAAAUUUCUAAUUUCACGCGCCCGCCUUAUGGAGUAGAUGAACACAAAACAACAUUUUCUUGUUCUUUUCCUAAACUUAAAAAUACGGUCCUUUCGGGUACAACCCCAGAAAAUUUGACCAACAUUUUUUGACGAAUUAAAUGAAAUUGAAUAAGAUCGAUGAUUUUGAAACAGUGUGAAUUCACUCAUGAAGUAACGUUUUUGGUUUGUUGUCAUCCAGAAAUUUUACUACAAUGGCAACGUGACGUAACGACUUUUCCUCUCUAUUAGGGGAAUUAGUGCAUCCUAGUCUUUUUCAUAUGGUGGUCUCCGGCAACGUUUUGAUAAGGUUGUUCAAACUUUAGAUAGUGCCAUCCACCGGAUACAUCGAUCACCACAUGUCCGUGUGCGGAUAAAUAGAGCGUUGUCUACCUUUCAGAAGCGCUGGGGCCUGACACAAAUAGAGGAUACCAUAAAGUUCCGAAAGUAACGAUCACACCCUUCGUUCUUUCUGAUUUAGCAGCCUUUUCAUAUCGAUGCUCUCCGGAGGUCGCUACUUUCGGGUAGCUGAAAAGUGUACCGUACAUGGGCCUUACGAAGUUACGGUAAUAACCAGGCUCAAAAAGUGUGAAAUCAUAUCAUCUGCCCUUUUAUUUGUUGAAACUUAUUUUUUCAUGUUACUAAAUUAUUUGAUUACGGUAUGUGUAUUUCAGGAGUAUUUACUGACGAAGGGAAGGAAAAAAAUGUACUAUAACUUUAGAGUUACAUCAAGGAAUGUUAAAGAUGGCCGUUAAAAAUAAACCUUGGAUUAGUUUGAUGGUGCGCCUUGUUGUAUAUAAAAUUAUCACCCUCUGCUCCGACUUAAAGAAUCCCCCUUCCCACAGUCUCCCUAAACUGAAAUUGUUAAAUUGAAAGUUCACAAAUGGAAUCGGAAUCAAAAGUAUUGAUGUUGAAAACUAGUCAAAGAAUUCCUUCAGUGCAUUUCGGACUUCCUUGUUUGUUGAGCGAAAUAUUUAGGGAAAAAAUUUCCAAUCGGAAGCUGAAUCUAAAAAUAAUUUCCCCACCCCGUGGUGAACCCCUUUUGCUAAGAAACAUUAAUGAUAAACAUCCGGCUUCUAUCAAGUUUCUCUUCACAUGUCUGAACGUGUAUUUAAAAAAAAACAGGAGGUCGUUGAAGCAAGUCGAUCUCCUAGGGAACGAGAAGGCUGCCAAGUUGUGCCAUAUUGCGUUAUGCUAACGUGUGCCUUGAUGGUAAAACACUUCUGAAUCAUUAGCGAGAUCGCUACUUUGAGAGCACCUUGAUCGAUUGCUUGUGUGAGAGCUUGGUGAAGGUAGGUGUUUCUAGUUUGUGUAGCUGGCGAGAACAGAGUGGGUUACGGUGCACUGAGAAGGAUCUCAAAUUUGACUCGUCCCUGUUCUUCAGUCUCUCAGCUUUACAGCCGAACCGAAAAAUAUUGAACCAUUGACGGCGAGGAGACAAAGAAAAUGUCAGUGAAAUGUUGCGCUUUGCGCUAUAAGUGCCCCUAAGGUUUUUAUUUGAAUAUGUAGGCCUUUCUUUCACAGCGUUUUUGUUCCUCGUCAUACUAAAAAACCAACACAAAUAUUUGAUGUUCGCUUUAAGACCGACGCCGCCGAAAUAUUGCGUGAUUUGACUGUACAUGUUAAAAAUUAAUAUAUCUGCUUGCGUAAUGUAGCGUUUUAUAGGGUUAUGGGAAAAAAAACAGGAAAAAUAUCGACUUAUCUUAGCUUAUCGAGAAGAACAGAAUUGAAAUAAGCUUACUUUUGCAAUAUUGUCAUGUGUGUUCCUGUGUGAAGGUCUUAGACUGUUCACAGUCCCCUAUUUUUCCGUAAGAUCAUCGAGAUCGAGCGCUUUGCGGUUUUACGCAUGAGUGUCAAAACUGCUGAGGGGGCGGGGGCGGUUUUGGAGGAAGCGAGAAAAAAUAGCCCCUCACCCCCCCGAGCUAUAAUCCCCGACGCCCGCCUCUCUCGGUACCGUCACGGGUAUCUUGAUUUUCAUCUGUAAGACGCGGUAUAUCUAAACGAUCUCAAGAAAAAAUAGGGGACUGUGAACAGUCUAUGAACAUGCAGGUCUAGACAGGAUAGCAAACCCGGCCCAGCCAAAACGCUUCAAAAUAACACAGGAACACAAAAUACAGCAAAAAGAGGUUUAUUUUAAUACUUAGCUACAUGAGAAGCUUAGUUAAGGUGAUAUUUUCUCAAUUUAUCGGUGAUAUAUAUAUAUAUAUAUAUAUAUUUUAUUUUUCUCAUAUAAUCCCUAGAGAACGCUACGCUACGUUACGCAGUAUUAGCAGAUGUUUUAAUUUUUAAGGUAUCAUCCAGGGUAAAAAAUCAUCAUUUUUCGAAAUUUGCAGUUUUAGAUGAUUAAAUAGAACUCAUCCAGAGCUCUCUUUUUAAAAAAAAUUCCAGGAAAAAAUGUUUUUUCUGUGCAGACUUAUGGAGCGUAAAGGUUUUUACUAUGCUAAUUGUUUUAAUUGAUCCUUGACAAGUCCUGUCAUACUUGGUAAGCAUGCUGCUGUUUAAUCAAGCUAAUCACGUAAUUUGACAGAAAUCGUGGUCUCUGCAAGUAAAGUGCUCACUGUUUUUCCCUGGAUUUUGGAAGUGAAUGCCUCCAAAGAAGAAAAAAAAAGCUUGUCCGCUUUCGUCCUCGACUCCAAGACGAAAGAAGACGACAAAAUCGUUUGCGAAGAGUGGGCUUCGAAAUUUGCAGAGAGCGACAAGCGGCUCCUACUACAAUCAAGAGAAAUGGCUAAAAGAUGACAAAGCUUCUGAAAAACCCAUUAAAACUACCGCCGAAUCGAGUUUCACGACCCUAGCGAGCGGAGCGAGCAGUUUUUUAGGCCGCGAGCGGCAAAGCGAGUGACGUAGUCGCGAGAGUUCCCGGGCCAUAUAAAAAUAGGACGAAGGACUUUUUUGAAAGUAUAUUGUAACGGAAGGGAAGCUUCAAGAAAAACUCCAGGAAGCGGUAUGUUGUCGAUUUUGCCAAGGAGGUAUCGAACUUUUAGAAAAUGUAUCGAGUAAAAGUGGACUUGGCUCGACUUGGCUUGUUCGGUGCGAAAAUGAAAACUGCCUGUCGCAAAUAACUAAAGAUGCUUUCUCGACAACAGUAAGGAUCGAACGGAGCAGAGCUUUUGAAAUAAAUAAUUGUUCAUCUGUUGUCUAGACUGCAAAACAGUCCGUAGUUUUGGUAUACAAGUACGCGCGAGUAGUCAAACAAAAGGUCUGGAACGAGGCUGAAAACAGAGAGCGAGACUGGGGAGAGACGUUUGUGAGGCUCGCGCGCUUCGCGCGCGUAAGACUCUUACGCCACGCUUUACCGAUUUCUUUACUGAUCUUGAGAAAAAGACUAGCCUGUGUACAGACGUCCCCCCUCCCUCAGAAAAAAAAUCGGUGGAAGAUUCUCUUUUCCUUCGAUUUUUUCUGAGGGAGAGGGGAUGUCUGUACACAGGCUAGAAAAAAACCGACUGUUUUGCAGUCUAAUCUGUCGUCGGGUUUCGUUUGUGACCUUUUCCUGCUAUUUCACUAUUGUUGUCCUUUCUCUGGUAUGCAUCAACAUUGACAGCUUUGGUGUUAUAAUCUGUUAUAAUCUCGUCACGGGUAAUACGCCGUCAAAAAUCUUUUCCCCCUGUUUUCUCGAAAUGAAAAUCAAGGCAAGUUGAGGAUACGUUUUAAACUCCAAGUCGGCAACCCGUCAACCACUUUGGCUGCAAUUUGGCCAACUUACUGUCAGAUAUUUUUUCUAAAAAACCAUGUCUGCAAAUUUUGAUCUCUUUUUUCGUUUUCGAGUUAGAGUAUUUUUUCACAGGUAGGGCUAAUGAUUUGCUAUCCCUAACUUCAAUAGUUUGCUACACAGCCGUUUUUAGUGUCGUCACGCAACGCUCCUCCCGUUGCGUGACGACACUAAGAACGGCUGUGUACAGUGUGUAGCAGACUAUAACUUCAACUGCUUGUGACAAAAGAACAAACGCACUUGACGAAAAUCUGAGACACCAAUUUUUAGUCAAACGUGUUAAGAAGCGAAUGCAAUCUUAAUUGGCUUCUUCCGUUUAUUUUUGGCUGGCCUGGACUUAAAUUUACAGUGACACCCACUUUCACCAGGCACUUUCACAAAAAAUUUCCCAUUUCUGAAUCUCGUUAAUAGUUUUAAAUAAAAAAGGAAUAAGCAAUAAUCUGGAACUAUUAUGCUUGCAGAAAAUGUACGGUUUAUGGGGGUAUUUAUUAAAAGAAAAAGCGCUAGCGCCGAUCAAGGCGAGGAGGGUACUUGAGGGUGGAUGAUACGUUAACACGCGCUGACAUAUUGAGUUUGGGAGGCCUGUGUUUCAAGAAGAGAAAGUUCUGCUUUUCCUGCAGUUUCGUUCCAUUUAUCCAUUCUUGCGCCCCAAGUGCUUUUGAGCACUGUACUCAGAAAAGCUGUGUUCUGUAUGCAGAAAAAUGUUUAGUCAUGGUCAUGUGAUCUGACCCUGAAUGGAAUAUCCCUGAGCUGAAGGGGAUUUAAAAAUGUUUUGAUACAAAUAUCACAAAUAUACAGGACAUUUUUUUAAGGGCCAACUUGUUUGCCUUCUUUCUUUUUUCGUUCUUUUCUCGGUGAUGCAGGGCAACGCUUUUCUAAAACUGCAUGCACCAUUUUUCUAGACGAACUGCCUUUGUUAGGAUGUCUAGGAUCUUCUUUCGUUUGCGUAUUGUGUUUAUUGUCACCGGCACCGAUGACCAUCACAUGCAAAUGAUUAACUUCAUUUUUGUCAACUAUUGCAGUUACCUACUGUCUGCAAUCACAGCUAUUACUACUCUUCUGCUACUUCGGUGCAGCUAGCUUGAAAUUCUUCCAUUCUGAAUUUGCACGUUUUUUCUUAGGAGUUUUAGUGACUCGAGCAGGCGUUGAUUGUUGCUGGAGGGUUGGAAAAGUAGCAAAAACAUAGAAGAAAAGAUCAAGAAGGACUGGCUUGGUUCGUGCAUGUCAGUACGACGUUUACCUUUAUAAUACCGCAUGGCGUCUUCACACAUUCAGGAUGGGAAAUGGUCUUGGCUCGUUUGUUUAUCAGCUACAAUGUCAUGGUUUGCAGCCAUGGGGAUUGUGUUUAGUUUUGGGAUCUUCUUUCCCGUAUUCAUGGACUAUUUUCAGGAAUCGAGACAGAAGACAGGUAUGAAUUUAUUCACACUGACCUGACCCAGGAGAUUAUGUUACUCCUAGGGACCUCCUUACCACUCCCCUGAGUGAGAGCAGAGGGAGGGGGGGUGUUAGAUUCGCUUUGGUUUAGGCUUUUUUUCCAUGCUUACCGUUUGUGAUCAAAAUUAAAGAGAAGAGUAAAUUUCUUCCAUUUAUCGAUUCCUCCACCCUUAACUCAUGUGCUUAGUGUUCAGAAAAAGUUGUGCGGGCAAAAUAUAUGUUGAGUCAUGAUUAUGUGAGCUGGCCCUGGGACAUAUUAUUUUUUUAAAUUUCAUAGCAGUGUCUAAUUAAAAAAGAUAGGUUACAGGAAACCCUUUAAAAAGUUGAAAAUAACAGAUGGAAAUAGGUAAAUGAUGAGGAUUAGAGCCUUAUGGUCUCAGUUCUUUUUCUUUUUUGCUCAUUUUUUCCAACUUACUAUUGCAAUCGAAAUUGUGGAGAGAAGAGUAAAUAUCAGCUUAGAUUAGUUUGUUAAAAGCCACAAGAAUACAACUUGACAACUAAUUAUUUUGGUUACGUUUCUUCUUGACCCUUCGCAUUACAUUAAAAAACAACACACUGUAGCCUUUACCAGGCUCUCACAUAGUGUACGUAUGGACGACGCGAAAUAAAAACAAGCCAAGUGAAAUAUGACGCCCGCGACCAGGGAAACAAGGGAAAUGCAGCGGUCGUAAGGAAAAAAUCUCUCCCCUGCCCCAACGCGUUUUUCGCGUUACUAGAGAGUUUAAGCAGCGACUUUUUUGAGCGACACACAUCAACCGGAAGUGGACUUUUUGCACACUUGAGCUGUGAUUUGGAACAAAUUUUUUAGGGCAAGUCGUCUCUAUAAGAGUCAUGACACUUAGCCAUACAAAUUUGGUGGCGUCAAGACAUGUUAAAAAAAGAAAAAAGUUCACUUCCGGUCGACGUACGUCGCUCAAAAACGUUGCUGCUUAAGCUCCCUAAUACAUCGGGCGAGAUCAGAUGCCGCCAUCGCGCGAGGAAUGGCCGAACUCAGACAAUCUGAGCCUGCUAGCCUGUGUAGCAGACGCCGGUUUGAUUUUUAAAGCGAAGGAAGAAACCCCGCACGACUUUUAAGAAAAUAACUGGCGCCAGCUACGCAGGCUAGAGCCUGCUCACAGACAAGCCUGGAACAGUCUAAGUACACGGUCACUUAAACAUCCAUUUUGACUGCUUUUUUUUAUUUUGUAGCUUGGGUUGGCUCGCUUGCCAUUGCCCUGAUCUUUUUCUCCGGUCACCUGUCCGGAGCCUUGGUUAAGCGGUUUGGCUGUCGCUUCACCACCCUACUGGGAGGAUUUCUCUGUACGUUAAGCCUUGGCCUCUCCUCCCUGGCUCAAAACAUCCUCCAUUUGUAUCUAACCUACAGUGUUCUUUUUGGCCUGGGAACUGGCUUUGUGUUUUCCGCGAGCCUCGUUGUCAUCAGCAAGUACUUCAAAGUGAGGCGGUCCUUGGCACUUGGGAUCGUUAUGUUGGGGCAAGGCGGAGGAGUCCUUAUAUGGAGCCCUCUGUUGCAGAAAAUGGUCGACGAGUUAGGUUGGCGUACCACAUACCGAAUAUUGUGCGGCGUGGUGCCGGUACUGUUUGCUUUUGGAUUAACUUACAGUCCUAAUAUAGAGAGUGAAGAUAAAGAGGCAAAGGAAGUGAAAGUCGAGAGAAACGAGAAAGGCUGUCACAUAGAUGUAUCGAUGUGGAAAGAACCAAAGUUUUUGGUUAUUUGCAUAUCGGCAUCAUUCAUAAUGUUUGGCCAUUACGCACCCCAAAUUCAUUUGGUGAGUGGCAUUUAAUGAUCAAUUGAGGCGAUGAAAGUUGUUGUGCUAUACAUGCUACACUGAUGCUCCUGUCGGUUUUUUAAUGGACUGUGUUCUGUCCAGUGCCAGCUCGAAGCUUUUUGGUGUUGAGAUGUUGGGAUCACCUAAUGACUUAUUGCAAGGGUCCUGAAAAGAACCCUCGCAGUGAAAACACAACAGUUACCCAUUAGAGAGAGUUUCCGCAACUUUACAAAACAUUUCAUUAUGUGUCGUUUUCCAGGCUUGUGUAUAUGGUUGUCUAAUGUAUUUCACAUGAUUUUUGUUAUCACGAAGAUUAUAAAUUUUGGACGCUUAAGUUUUUUUAAAAUAAGAACAAAUUGGCGUUUGAUCACGAAUUGAGAGCUUGUUUACGGCUUAACCUGAAGCUACGUGGUCAAAAUUCUUCAUUCCUCUGGCAUUCUGGGUCAAAAAGUUGCCCCUCACAAAUUACGUUUGUGGCUAAGCGUCCCAUUUUGAUGUGAAAUUACAUUGAGAUGCAAGUUAAAACCGUUCGCACAGAAUAUUAUAUGCAAGGGAUAUCGAGAAAGCACUAUGCCUCAAGACAUGUCUUUACUUUCCGCCCUCUUUCUGACCAGGGUCGCUGCAGGGGAAAUACUUUGGACGAAUAAUAGAGCCAUCAGUGCACAUUGGAAACAUCAGCGAGCACAGAGAGUCGAGCGUGGGAGUAUCGAGGGCCCGAGAAAGGGCGGCGGUUCGCCUGUUUUUCAUUUUUGUCUUUUUUGCGCUCACCUGUCAUUAGCCAUCUUAUGAGGAGCCUGGCCCCAGGCUUAUUGAGAACUGUUUUUCUCUGGCGCAGCGCAAACAUCGUCAACCCUCUUAAGUUAAAGUUGCCCUUUUCUUUCGUCAAAUAUACACUGAUUGUCUUGCUUUCCUCUAGGUACGAUACUGUGAAGAUAUUGGUAUCAAUGCCGAUGCAGCUUCUCGACUGUUCAUCUAUUAUGGUCUGGCAUCCUGCCUCGGAAGAGUAGUAUCUGGCCGGCUUUGUGACAUCGAAAAGGUGAACAACUUUUAUGUGUAUCAAUUGGCCGAGGUGGUCGUGGGAACUGGGACCUUGGUCAUAUCCAUGGCAACAUCAUACAUGGACAUGGUUAUUUACAUUGUGAUCUACGGGUUCUGUGAUGGCGCCUUUAUAACAGCCCUCAACGUGCUCAUCCUUAAUUGUGUCAGCCCAGAAAAGACUCCUGCAGCGCUAGGCUGGGAGAUGCAGGUGACUUCGUUAUUUACGGCCAGCGGACCUCCAAUAGCAGGUAUUGCAAGAGGCCAUUCCGAGUUGCCCAAAGCCUCAGUUUUAAAGCGAGGCUAAGUGUGCAGCUUUUAGUGUGAGAAUGAGUUUUUAUUCUUAUGCAAAUAAAACUCAUUUUCGCAAGAAAGAUUGUGCCCUCGUUUUGAAAAUGCAAGGUUUUGGGUCUCGGAAAUGGCCUAUUGGUUGGCUGUCGAGGUUGCAUUUGUGUCUCACUCUAUCUUGAAGCAGAUUGGAGAGCCCCUUGGAAAGAUAAAAGCAGUGCACUCCCCCUCCCCUCCCCCACUGGGUAGCAAAACCCAUAGCAGUGUUAUCGAAGGAAUUGAAGAUGGCAGUCAUUGAUAACAGCGCUUUAAAACAAUACUUACACGAAGCGCAAUACAACACGUGCAUACGGGGAACUCUGAGCUCAGUCAGUCUUACGCAAAGAAACGUCAAUGUUAUACCCAGAGUCUGCAGCUUGUUAUGUCCAUUGGCUUUCGCAGGAAGUUCUAUUUACAACCUUCAGGACAUAGUUUCCUGAGCACCAGUCGUCACGAGAAUUCCCCAGUUUGCUGCCUUCUUAACAAGUACAGAAGUUUGGAGCUCAGUUUAACUUGUGACAAUUAAAAAUUAAUUGAAAAUUUGAAAAUAAAACGUUAAAGUUUUGCUUCUUGUCCUUCCUUAAACGACGCCAUUAGAAGCCAACUUCCAAGGGCGCGCUCAGCACUAACUGGCGAUACGUUUCUUAAUAAGGAAUGCGCUCACUCAUACACCUAUGAAUCCAACCGAUAGACUAAUUAUCACUUAUCUUUCAAUUUCAGGUCUUGUGGCUGACUCUUUGAACUCAUACACUCAUGCGUUUCAGAUGGCUGGUGCUGUGGUGUUUGUGGGCGCAUGUAUUCCAUUUGUAUUGCUCUGCAUCAAGGAUAGAGAUCCUAAGAAGAAAGCCGCUGUGCAGAUCAUUGAGCUCUAGAAGGGAAAGAAACGGAGAUGUAGCCCGUUUUCAUUGUCAUUAUGGUAUGCAGAUAACGACUGAUCAAAAACGAAAAAUACUUUUUUCUCUUAGAUGACAAACAGCUAACGAAAGUUACCUGUGUAAGGAAUAACAGUCGAGAUUUCUUUCAUCUCUCAUGCUGUGAAGGCCGGGUCUAAAGUACAGGUGACACUCCACAGGUCAAGAGUACAGAUCACUGCUCCAUCGAUAAACUACCAAACCGCAAAGAUUCCCCUCGAUCUAAUGGAGCAUUUUGUUAAGAGAUUAGGGCUAGGAGAUACUUUUAAUGCUAUUCAUUUAUUCGUUUCAUGGUGUCCUGUACUCUGACCUGUGGAAAAGUGACUUGUAUUUUAGACCCUCCGCCUGUCUCGGUCAAUACUGAUUUUUCUUAAUUUCUUGCUUCAUCGGCUGUUUUCUUUUAGAAAGACUACAUGACAUUGCUUUCAUUCAUCAGUCCUUACCUGCAUGCAAAGGUGGUAAGGCUUAUUACUUCGGUCAAUCACAGUAUCGUAUGAAUUCAAAAUACUAAUAACCAAUCAGGUCGAACAAAUGUGUGUAGACGCAGUUAAGCGCGGGAAAACGGGUAAGAGCAAGUCGUACUUAGUUGAUUUUGGUUUUCUGAUUGGUCGAGAAUGUAAGGCUGUUUUACUCAGCCAAUCAGAGCGAAGCAAUGGUAAACAAAGGAAUGAUUAAAUUAUUUUGGAAAGUCAAUUGAAAUCUGCUUACACUUAACUCUUUCUUACCAGGCAUUUCUAUACUACGUACACCUCUCUAAGGCAAUCAUCUAGAACUAGUGGUCCCCGCCUUUCUUUAGUCAUUCUGUUCUUUGACUUUGUAUAAGGCGGGCACCUCCUAAAGACGCACACGUGGUGCAAGUCCAAACUUAGUGCUACGACAUCUUGUAGAGAGUUGAUUGUACAGCUAGACGACCUAAUUCCUGAUACCUUAAAGAUUUCCAAACUGGUUUUCUGAAACUUCAGGUAAUAGUUUUUUUCUGGGAAAAAAAGAGCAUGUGUAAAUGGAGAAGCUCUGAUUAAGACUAUUUUGGUAAACUAUAAUAUAGUUUUGAACGAAUAGGCGGAAUUAACUAGCCUGCGAGCAAGAUCUUUGGGGAGCCUGGGAAUGAGAAAGAUUGUUCGCAGGCUACAAUGGAGGUCAAAAGUGUUGGGACCUUUCCAGUGAUGUUAAUAAAACUGGCGACCCCUCCCCUCCCACUCCAAACAAAUUUGAUUUUGAAGCAAAAUAAGGUGUAAAUGAGUGCUUUUUGGCCACAACAUUGCUGAUGGGGAUGGGGGGUGGGAGAGGGGGGACGACUGGAUGAACCCAAAGCCGAACAAAAAAUUGUCGUUAGGAGCAGAGUCUUAUGUAACAAUUACUUGGAAAGGCUUUUUGACACAGUUCCAACUUCUUUUGUCCACCAUUGUAGAAUUGACACAUUAUUUAGAAUGGAGAUUCGUGAUCAAAGUAGUAUAAUCAGUGAAUAAUUUGUCUUACUUCUCAGAUGAAAAUAUCUCGGAACAUUUUUUAGACUUUUUCUUUGCAAAAAUUCAUGUAAUUGCAAUUCAAAUUUUUAUAUUUUUUGUGAUAAAAGUUUUUAAAGGAAAUCAAGGACAAAAUACUGCCUAAUGUUUUAUAAUGUUAUUAAAAUUAUUAUCAAAUUCAGAUCCCUAAAAUUACAUAUGAAUUUUAGAUGUAUCUAACAAAAAUGUUUUUUUUUUAAAAAAACGUACGAUUGCCAAAUGCCACAUUAUGAUAAAGUGAGAUUAUUAAAUAAUUAAAUUAAUUCUAGGAAUCUAGUAGCCUGAAUUUCAGACGAUUACUUCGAGUUGUUUUUACUCCCUCAGGAGACGUUACUGAGGGAGUAAAAACGAAUCAAAGUCAUCGUCUGAAAUUCAGGCCAGGAAUCUAGACAUAAUUAUAGGUACCACGCUAAACAGUUAAUAAAGUCUAUUUUUAAAAAGCUUCUUUGACGUUUUAUUGACGAUUCAGUAUAUUUUUAGAGUACCUUAGAAUUAAGGAUUUAACCUCAAAAUUUUUAGUGCACUGCGCAAGAGCGGCGCAAAGCAACUUCCCCCCGUUACAGAAACCGCUACGAAAUCACUGUUUUUAUGUGUGAACAGAAACCCUAGCCGAUAUGUCGACGAAAGAGCCAUCCAACCUCGUCGUCGGGGUCUUCUCGUUUUUUAAUAUGGCGGCUGCAUGAGAGAAGAUCCUCUCUCCUGCCCCCAUAUUGGACGAGAUUGAGAGCUAUCUGAUAUAGAGCGUUUUUACUCACGUGGCCAGCACCUGUGCAAAUUUUUUGAAACAAAUUAACGAACGUUUUUACAUAAGAAAAGAGUUCAACUCCCACAGGAUUAGUUUGGAACACCAACAUGGCCGUCGUUUCAUUGUUUUGGAACACCAAUAUUGCCGCCGUGACGUAAUGUGAAAACACUCUAUAGUGUAGACACAGCCUCAGUCCUUGAAGGAAAAUUAGAAAAGAAAAUUAGUUUGUAUUUUGGUCUUGUCGUGUUCAUAAUCAUCUAAGGGUGCGCGCGCUGUGUUAAAUCAAUUAAUUAUGACUGGACAAUACGCUCAAUAAGGCUCGGGAUCAUCGUUCGACCAAACAUGAAGCAUGGAUAUUACAUCAACACCUUUUUGUUCCUUGUUUUCAUGCUUAUCACAGUGAACCAAGCUAAGGCUGAAUGUAAGUUUUGCUUUUUGCGUAUUUCUUUUUUUUUCCGUUGAGAAUCUUUGCAUUUGUGAGAACUGGAAAAAAGAAAAGAAUGAAACAUCUUCAGAGUGUGAAUGGAAAGGCCAGGGAAUGCAAGCGGUCAAUUAAAAAUUUGAUGCGUCCGUUGUAGUUAAUUUUUUUAUCUCAGCUGAUUUUUGUUUGUUUUUUUUUCUUGAGGGGGGGGGAUGGUAGUGAGUGCCAAUGAAUUCUAAACAAGAAAAAAAAUAAAAAUUACCUGGAAAAAACACACAUCUUUAAUGAGAUAAGCCGAUUCUUAAUUUAAUCCUUUCACAGUUGUAGGCUUAACAGAAACAAUGUUAUUCCUCCCUAAAAAUCCUAAUAUUUCGAAAGUUAAGCAAGGCCUAUGCGCUAGCUAUGGUCAUUUUUCGGGCUUGGACCAUGCACUUGUGGUGUACGUUUGUAAUAUUUCUUAUAUUUCCAGACUGUGGUUAUAAACUUGUUCGAUACCUUCCUGACUCGAGCGUAACCUCUUCCAGUGUGCACAAAUCUUAUGAGACUCAUCAUGGAAAGCUAGACAAGAAUCCUGAUGGCUGGGUACCAGACGGAAGAGAUUCACACCCAUAUCUUCAAUUCGAUUUAGGAAAGCUAUUUCUUAUUUGCGGGUUUGAGGUGAAAGGCUGCGCGCUUAAUGAUAAAGGGCGUAAAUACCCGCUUUACGUGACAAGGUACAGAGUGCAGGUAUCGCCUGAAAUCGACUUCUGGGAUUCAUGGAAUUAUAUCAAGGUAAGCUGGCUUAGUAUAACUAACGACUUACUGUUCAAUCAUAUUUACUGAACCCCUAGAACAGACUGGCAACUCCUUUGGAUUCAGACAGUUUAUUUCAUUCAUGCCGCUGCACAUACUGAUAUUGAUUGUUAUAACCUGACAUACAUAAAAACUACGUACCUUUACCUGGCCCAUAGAAACCAAGAAGGACACAUAAAUUACAAAAAUCAUUCUUGUCUAUAUGGAGAGGGUGGGUCGGCAAAGUAAACUUUAAGCUGCUUGCAUAACAAGAUAUUCUAAACCAGGAGCCCAUAACCUGUCUUAACUGAGAUGAUACUUGUCUUGUAAACGGGGUAGAUGGGACUUCAGUGCUGUCAUUGCGGUAACUACACCCUUCCUGGAAGUAUGCAGUUGCCAUCUUCCAACUUAGGUCAUUCGUUCAAAUAUCUAGACUUAUAUUAAUCGAGAUUAAUAUCCACAUAAAGAGCUAUGGUUGUGACGCCCGUCAGAGCUUUUUUGUAUGUUUUUUUUAGGUUUUUUUGACUUGACCGUUAAUAUCACAGAGGUUUAGUAACUUUUCUACGAUUGAGCCCGAUUAGAUAGCUCCCAACAUAAAUUUACUCCUUUGGAGAGGGGAUGGGACAGAUGUGGUGCAUUAGUAGGGAGCUAAAGCAAAGACGACGGCGACGGAAGUGAAAACGUCGCUAAAAAAAUGAAUUUGCGUUCUUUUAAACCUAAUCGCGUCUAUUUGGACCCCCUCAAAAUGUCAAAUGCAGGCGACUUUUCCUGGAGUUGGAUUCUUAAGGACUUUAUACAGGUUAAAAAAGAGAAAGGAGAAUUCGUUGUCGUUUGUCAAGUCAAAUUAGGAGGUUUCACGUCGUAGUCGUCGCACAGUGGAUGUCAAAGAAAUGUACUAAACAGCGUGAUGCACGUGCAGAGCUGAUGAUUUAAUCAUUAAACCUAUUGUUUUUUUGAAGUUGUCGUUUCUGGUCGUCGUCGUAGUUGCUUGAUAUAAGUUCCCCUAGUAAUAGGCUCUCCUAAGGAGGGGAGGGGGAGGGGGUGAGUGUACAUUAUGUCCCUUGUCUCAAUUUCAGAAGUGGUAGACUACGAGUAUUCCCCAUUUUUCCUCAGGGAUAGUAGAGCAAACGAAACGCAAGCGCGCGUGAAAGUCACCUCACGCGAGAAAGGCGAGACGCGUCGGGGAGAGAGAAGAAUGAGGGACUGCUCUUACUCUACAAAAGUGGUAGUUUCACGUAUUGAAGAGGAGGCUAUAUCGCUGUCAAUACUGAUUUUACUAUUGUCGAGUUUGUGGUUGACUUCGUCACUGUUUCAGCUCCAACCCAUCUUCAUUUCAGUUUGUCCCCAUUUCAUGUCUUAUGUCGCUGUUUUAAGGCCAUGUCGUUUGUCGCAAUUUAACCCUAACAGGGCCUCUAUAGGAAGGACAAUCGCCUUCUACCCCAACAGGCCGGGUUCGAAUCCCGGAAGUGAAGCAAAACAUGGGAACAUGAGUUCGCUCUUAGUUGACAUCGUUGUUGUAAGGACUUGCCUACUUCCCUCUCAUUCGUAAAAUAAUAUUAAUAAUUCUCAUUUCUGCUUGAUAUGUUUUGUCAACAGCCAGAAUUCUACGGAAGUACAUCAUUUGGUGAUAAAGCCUACAGCGUGGCUAAAGAAAGAAAAGUUGGUAGAUAUGUGAGAAUUUUUCCUGUGGCUUAUGAAACUCCUUCUCUUGUUAAAUUCAAGGGCUGCUUGAAAGCGGAAGUCUAUGGAAUUCCUUACCUUCGUAAGUGACUUUAGCGACUUUUUGAUGUCGGCGGUUCGUUCAGUGCAUGGAUUUCUUGUCAACACGUGUUGACACAAAAGAACAUUUGUUUCAGUUUUCAAAUCAAUUUUAGACUCACACACUUUUGCUUAAGUCCACUUUUGUGUUCCGUAAUUUAAGAACAACCGAAGUCAAAUUUAUUUGACUUAUCUCUUGUUUUUCCUGACCGUUUUCCACCACCAUUUUUUUCCUUAGUUUCUUAGUUUGUAAGGCUGUUCCCAACUCACGUGCUUAGGACGCUUAGCGCCCGCGCCUGAAAACGAAAAGAAUGCUCGGUUACCUAGACCUUAAAAAUGAACUGAAGUUGGCGGAAAAGUUUGAAUCAACGGAGCGUUGUUCAGGCUUUUCGGCAAGAGGCACAUGUAGAAAAACGACCAGGAAAGACAAAAGACUACGUCAACGUAAGUAACACGACUUUCUCUGAGAUAGAUUUAAUGUUUAUUUAGUGGAAACCCAUUUUAACUGCAGCUACUGUAGCUCAUAGUUUCAGAGCAAAGCUUUCAUUUAAAACUAACUAGGCCUGUUUUAAAAAUACCGGCUUGAAUCUAAUACGAUAAACCAUCACACAAACAUUAAUUUGACAGAUAGCACUAGCUUUAAAGUUGGAAUAUGAGACAGCUGGAGUUACCUUUAGUCCUCCAAGUAGCCCAUCUUUGUGUUGUAGACUAGAGUUAGCUGUACUCCAGACAAACCAACUCACCCAAUCAAAAAUGAACCAAACAGUACCUAUUUUCCUGCAGACAAGUUUGUAACAGCAUGGACAGUUCAAGGGGUGGUCCCUUUCUCUGUGAAAUUUUGCAUCAUUUUUAAAGAAUUUCUCUGUAAAUGCAACACUGGCAAGUGUCCAGUGCCCUAUCGCCCCACCCCCUUCUGAAAUUUCUGAGUAUACCACUUAGCAGUACACAUACAGGCUAAUGUGUCCUCUGACAAUCAACACAUAUUUGAAGAGCAGUGUGGCCUGGAAGAAAGGGUCUGAGUAACUUGGAUAACUUGGGUAGCUAGUUUUGGCAGCGCUGGCUAGGGCCUGAGAGUCUUUUGAUUCCUGAAGGUAACCCAGUACUCAAAACCAUGGAGAACUCAAAACCGCCCAAUGCUGACGAGUACCUAGUUCCCAUGAUUAUUUUAGUUUCUUUACAAUGAAUGACAGGGAACUAUAUGUUCUGGUAAAAAUAUGCAGUGAGACAAACUGCAGGGUGCUUACCACUUACAUGGGAAAUCUGGAUAAUUUUGGUUGGAAAAUCAAAAUUAAUGGUUUUUGUCAUUCAAUUUGGGAAGCAAGUCAGUAAAUAUGGGUUGUGAUUGGAGUCAAUGCAAAGCAAUGCUGAUUUGGAUAUGAUUAUGAUGUAGUGGGUUGUUUUCCCACCACAUCAGAUUUUAUACACUCAAACUCCUCUUUACGGACACCUCGUAAUUACAGACAGUUUUCUUUGUUCCUGGGGAAAAAAAGCCCUCACAUUUCCUCUAAGUUUAACCUGCUUUAAACAGACACCUUGUUGAUACAGAUACCUUUUAUGGCCCCCUCAGUGUCCAUAUUAACAGAGUUCGACUGUAGUCUUCUCUUUAUGUGCAAGUCUUCCACCCAGGUAGUCUAUGUAAAUAGUAAGCACCCAUUGUCUCAGUUUCAAAUUUCUGUAACACUGUACCAUGCUAUCCCUCCUCUUGAUCUAAUUAAAGUAGAAAAUUCCAUGUCACCCUCCCCCGUCCCUAACAUUUUGUGACACACCCUCCCCUGAGCUUUGUGUGGCUCUCCGAGACAUGUAACAUGUAUUAAGCAUGUUAUAACUGGUCCUGAGGGACACAGCUCAAAUUUGAUUUGUUUCUUGAGGGACACUAUUUUAAAUGGAGGCAGGGCGGCUGAGCGGUUAGAGCGCUGGACUUGUAAUCCAGAAGCCUGAAUUCGAGUCCCGCCCUGACCAUUUUGUUCUUCAUAGUCCCGAGUUCAAAUCCUCAGCCAUGCUUGUAAAUAGCCAACUGGCCGGUUCGCCUCCUACCAGCUGGGAUUCUUAAACAUGUUGACUUCUAUUUGAAUUAUUGUUUCAUUAUCCCUGAAAAGCCCCAUAGGGGGAGUGGAUAGUUAAUUAUUUAAUAUUAUAAAUAGUGCACAAAGAAAAACUUCUAUGGGUGCAAUUUUAUGAAAGUAUAUUUCAGCGACCCCAUGACAUUUGCAAGUACCAUUGCAUGGUUACCCGCCCUCUGAUGUCACAGAUUUUUCAAUGUUUGCUGCUUAGAGGCUUUUGCAACCUCAUUCCCAGGCUCUUUCAGACCCGACAUGGGAGGAAAAGGAGGGAGAGCCUGGGAAUGAGGUUGGGAUCUUGGGCCAGGAACAGCCCUUGGUUUUUAUAUUUCCCUCAUUCUUUGGCAACUCUCACUCUAUGAAUUUUAAAAAAUUUUGCGACACAGCUCCUUUAAACAGUGUAACUUUUCCACAGGUGAAAAGAGGGAAGCGUUUUUCUUAUCAACCCCGAGGACUAUGGUAUAUGAAAAGGUGAAGGUAGAGAAAGUCAAGAAUGUUCAAGUCACCAUAAGCAGCAAACUGCAUGGCCUCAAGGAAUUAAGUAUAGGGGAAACUGAGUUCACAAAGGUAGGCUCAUACAUGUACAUUAAACACUUUUCGGAGCUAUGAGAGUAGUUUUCUUAUGACCUUGAAAAAUGAUUUUGGUAAGUGUUCGAUAUUUGUUUCAUCAGCCAAUGGAUGAAAAGAUUCAAACAUAGCUUCUUCUUUUUCCUGCCAACGAAUUCCCUGAUAUGGAGAAGGGAUUGUUCGAUUGGCCAAUCAUGUUGCAGUAUGACAUCAAAGUGAAGUAUUGGUUGAUGUUUAGAGAGUUCUUGGGCAUGAAGUUUUUUCACCUGGGCGUUCGUUUAACCAACCAAAAGACACGCACGUUUGUUUCCAUCUGAUAAACCAAUCAAAUUGCUCUAUUUCUGUUCAUUUGUUGUUUCUGUUUUGUUCGUGCGUUUUCAUUUCAAGGCCAUACAAAAAUCGCUCUAUCUUCUGGUGUUACUGUAGUGUUACUGUGUUUGGGGGGAGGAGCAAGGCUCACAAGAGAAACCAUAUUGUUGGAAUUGUGGGGUUAAAAAAAGUUGUUUUCCAUCUUCUACCAAUUUACAUUCCCCUUCCUCAUGGGAAAUUUGUCACUUAUCUUGAGUUAUGGGCACAGUCCUCAGCCAUACCACUGUGUUUGUCCCUUACAGAUAGUAGUAAAAUCUUGCUCUGUUCAUUUAAAAUGGAUCAGCACCUACUCAAGGCUUGGUAUGACAAAAUACAGUAAUUUGUCUGAAAUUACUCCCCAAGCCUCCACCCCACUGGAUUGGAAAAGGUCCAUUGCUCCUCAGGCAUAAUUAGAGAAGCCUGUUCACAGACCAUCUACAUCAAUACUCUGUUUAUAGAUAGCUGAGCGCACGUAUGGACAUAAAACUGCGGGGUAGUUAAUUUCAAAUUGUCAAAACAAAAAAAAGAAAAAUGUCUGUGGACAAGCUUAAUUAAGGAGAUGGCAUACAGUUGGCCGUAAGCCUGUGACCCCGCCCACAGAAAGGAGGUCAGGAGGGUAUCACUUUGCCUAGUCCCUAGGCCUCAUUAUUCCGUGCGGCCAAAGCGUUUCGCGUUAUAUGGUCCAAGCAACUUGGAUAGGUCAUUGAAGUGAAUUGACCGAGAGGGACUGGGAAAACGCUGUACUGGGACUAGGCAAGGAAUUGCUAUCUUAAGGUUUUUUGGACCACGGAGUCAUAGCGAAAAGAAAAAGGAAAAGUGUAAGCUACAUUUCUUAUACAGUGUAGUGACACACUCUAUUGCCCAUGCUGGGGAGGUUGUGCUUUAAAUUUAUUCAAUUAAAUGGUUUAAAUAUCAUCUUCCCGUUAGUCUUUGGUUGUUAUGAUAUAAAAUGAUAUUGAGCCAUUGAAAAAUAAAUUUAAAGCACGGAUAGAUCUAAACCACAACCGACACUGUUGCUAUAGUCUGCCAAUAGGGAAUUUAAGCAAGUGAACUUUCUUUAGGGCUAUCAGACUACUUUCUGUUUCUUUUCCUGAACUUUGAUAUGGUCUUUUAGAAUUCAACUUCAGAAAAAUUUGCCAAAAUUUGACUAAUUGAAAAGAUGGAAUUUGAGCAUAAAGUUUAAACUAGCGCAAGUUCACUUUCCAAGCGGCGUUUUCGUAGCUGUCGCCGUCGCCGUCGUUGUUGCUUAAGCUCCUACUAACAGCCGCGUCUCGCGGCGCGAAGGGGUAUUUCUCCGGGUGAACUCCGCAGUCGCAAGUUAGUACUUCUAGUAAGAGGUACUAGGUUUACAUUUUCUAAUUUCUAUCUUUAAUUUCAGUUUAUUCCGGCUCACACCCCGCUGCAAACAGAGCUUCGAGUCGAUUCCUGUGUUCUGGCACCUUAUCAACCGGGCUACUUCAUAUCGGCGCGCGUGGAAAAAGUACUUCCAUACACUGACGAAUAUCUUAUCAAGGAGUUAAUGAAAGCGGAUAAUAUCCACGCAAAUCCAAGAAAAGUCAAAAGGGAUCAGUUGCAAGUUGUCUUUAGCGCAUGGUGUAGUAAGUAUGACACUAAAAUUAAGUUAGCGCCCUCUCACGAGACGCGAAUCGCGUAUCAGAUAAGUAUCAGGUCCAAAAUUCUUGAGCGAUUUCAAGAAUCAAUGGUAAAGCUUUACCGUGACUAACACGGGGACAAUAAUUCUCGCGCUACGCGAUUCUCGUAGCGCGUGACGAGAAUCACUUAGCGCGGGACGCGAUUCUCGUCGCGCAGAAAACGAGACGCGACUGGUAACAUACUUUUGGGCGGUAAUUAUGACGCUUAAAAGCUGUUUUCUGCAAGUAUAAAUGUAAAUUUUCUCCUGUACAUAUUUAUUUUACAUAACAGGAGCCCAUAACCCAGAGAGAGGAACUCCCUUGUGCUCAUGCAACGGCGUUCUCACAGACCGGUGUAUUAUUAGGUCAAAUUUCCCGCGAAUUUUGAAUAUCAAAUAAGCCUUACAAAUCAGUCUUAAAAAACCGGAGACGAGAAAAAAGUAUUUCUGAUUUUUUGAUAGCAUUGUCUUCUUCUUUUUGUUAUUAUCCUACCCUGAAUGUGCACUCAUACGGACGUUGCAUUUAUUUUCUCCAGAACAACACUCAUAUGAUGAAAUGCUUACUGACUGAGUUAGGUUGGGCUGGACGGGAAAUUCUUUGCUCUCGGUCAGGACGAACGGACCUCUCUGCGCAUAGUCCAUAUGUCCUGACCUUAAGCCAAACAUUUUCCCGUCUCGCCCUUUCACUUAUAUCAAUAAGUACUUAUUACUUCAUUCGGCAAGUUUUGAAGUGUUUUCCAAACUAUUAAAAAUGUUAUAGACACAGACACUAUGCUUUUUGUCGGUUUUCUUGAACAAAGGCACUAAAGCGAAAGCCUGGGACCAGGCUUCGCAGCGAGGAAAAAAGGCAGAAAACGGAGUCAAAUAGGAAAAAUAGCGGUGGCCUGGGUAGGGGGAAAGGGCGGCGGAUCUCUCGCAUCGCUUCGCUCGCCGAUGUGUUUUUCGCCGCGCCGAUUUAUUUCUCCUCCCCCUCCUUCCCCCACUCCCAAUGCGGAACCUGGUCCUAGGUUACCAAAACGAGCGCUGCUUAAUCUAAAAUAUCACAGGUUUGAGAGUGCGAAUGUUAAAUCUGAGCUUCGUUUGUUUCUCUCUUGCAGAAAUAAUCGACCAUGUUGGUAGAGUUUCAAAUAAUUUGUGUCCAGGGAAGAUUUUACAGGUGGACUCAAAGCUGGUUUUUAAAUCCCCCAGCCAAUCCGGGCUGUCUGAACUGUCCUAUCAAAAUAUAAAUGAUAAAGAUGUUUUUAGCAACACGAGACUCGAUCGACUGGGCCGUGCCAAAGACAAUAAACAGAUAAAGGUUGUGUAUUUCAGAAAGGGUGGUUACAACAAAGUGGAGUGCGGAAUAAUGACGGCGACAAUUCACUAUAACUUUAAACAGCAAGCUUAUGUCAUCAACGGGAAACGUUACACGAAUGACGAACUUUGGACCGAAGAAAAAGGUAAGUAAUAAAAUGAUCAUUGUUUGCUGUACAAUUAGUAGCAAUAACAAUUUAUCUCUUGCUUGACAUAUUUUAGUAAACAGGAGCGAAACGGGGGAGUGGAGCUUUCCUACAAAAGGAACAGAGCGUGUAUUUUUUUUUCAAAAAUCAAACAGAACCAGGAAGUGAAUCUCUCAGCAGCACUUUUAUGCCCCAAACGUGGCUACUUCCAUGUAGAAGUGAUGUGGAUGUUUGUCAUAAUGUGCUGGUCUCUUACCACUCGGCACGCACCUUAAAUUGUGAGUGAUAGCCCUUGCGCUACAUUCACACCGUUGAUUUUUCGACCGCUUGAAAAUUCGUGCGUUUAUGCGUUCCGUUAAUACGGAACCACCUUAACUAGACGUCCAGCCUUUCAAAGUUCCGUGUGAACAGAACGAGAAUCAUUGAACGGCGUAGCGUGAGAAAACAGCCGACAUUUCACGACGUCACCUCUGGUUUCCCCGCAAAAUGACGUCUGAGAAAUGAGCGCGGAAAUUCCAUACUGAUGACGUGUCACUACCCAGAACUGGGUGGUGCUUUUGAUUGGUCGUGCCGCGUGGGAAAUUUGCUUGACGAGGUGUCUGAACAAAUUUUCAGCCGGUCUAAAAUUCCUUUGGCGUCGUGUCAACGUAACCUUGAUCUAAAUCAUCCUGAUGUACUAUGAAUUAGUUUUGCUUGUGCACAUGGUUUUGAAACUAGCUAUCUCCUUCUUUUCAAUAAAUGGAAGAGCAGUUCACUACAAGUGGAACUGGAGUUCAUCAUAAAAGAUAAAGUCCUCCUUUCGUUUUCGUGAACACAAAAAUGGCCUGUCGGAUUUAAACACAUAAAAGAUGCAUCAAAUCACUCUUCGGCCAUCUUAAAAAUACCAGUUACCUCAGGGUUACGCGCUCAGUCAUCAUUUUAAAAAGGCCUCGAAGCUCAGGCUAAUCCUAUGUUGAUCAGCGGAUUAUCAUCGCAUCAUCACAGUUAAUCCUCUUAAUGUCAUUUUACAGCGGAACCAGAUCGUUGCAGGGAGAAUGAGAAGUACAAGUGUUUUAACAGCCGAAUUCCUUUCAUUGUGAAUCGACUAAACUGCUCAUCUACGCAAGUAUGGAAUGGGUAUAAAUGCACAGGUAAAUACAAUCAUUUCCUUUUUCCUACAACUGAUUUUUUGUUGAAAACAUAAACUUUCAAAAUGUUUAAUAAAGUAACAGGGUAUUGGCAAUACCUUGUGAGAAGUUCUCUCGUUUGUCCGCGGUGGAAACUAAACCUAACUUCUGCGGACAGUUUGACAACAGUAUGGGACUUUUCUCGAACAAAAAAUAUAGUCCAACCUCCAUGUGCGACUACCUCUCGAAAGCGACCACCUCCCAUAAGCGACCACCUAUCGAAAACACCAAAUUGUUCCAGUCGAAGUAACCCGCUCCAGGCGUUCAGAUAGUAGAGUGCGGCGCUUUCGCCCCCUAUCCCACCCCCUCGCUUUUUUGUCUGCACACAUCUUUUUGCGCCUUCCCCCUGGAACAGGCUGCAGUCGAAGCCUUACAGUUGGAAGUUCUCCUAAACGAUCACCUCCUGUAAGCGUUUCUUUACUGACGGUUUAAUAAUUUUCCAUUAUUUUUAACGUCUUGCAAGCGACCACGUUACGCAUGUUCUGAUCUCUAUGUUCGCUCCAUAUACUUAGAGUAUACAGGGAAUUUUUAACACAGCAUGGGACCACAAAUAUCGCAACUUAGAAAUCGCAUGCAAUACAUUAUCUACCAUGAAGUAGAUGUGUCGGGACUUUUUCUCGGAGGAGCUAGACCGCUGUGUGGUUCGAUUCUUGUAAACGACCAUCUCUCGUAAGCGACUUAUAAAUUUUCACAUUUUGGGUGGUCGCUUACUACUGGGGAUCAUGUACACUGUAGCAGGUGCUCGGAAGAGAAGUCACCAAUGCUGCAUUUCCCUGACCCCAAACAAUAACAUCGCGGCUUAACUGACAGACGACCAAUAACAUCGCGACGUAAUUGACCAAUCAGAUCAAUAACCAGAGUAUAAUACCAUCAACUGACGUGAUACAACUCACUUUGACUCUGAAGAUGACUACCGCACAGGUUGUCGAAACUUAAUCAGUCACUGUCAACAACAACAGUCUUAUUCAGGACUACGCUAACCCGGACGAUCAAACUCAACCUACUUUUGAAAUUACUCCUGGGUUCAAACCUUUCACAAUACUAGAACAACUGGAAGAAUGACAUGUCAUUGUUUCCUGCGACCAAUUAGGAGAGACCUUACGAACCGCUCCUGCACUACUCACUUUUGGAGUUUUGACUGUAAUUUUAAUUUUUGUAGAUGAAGAUGAAUGCUCCACUGGUAUGGCAGCUUGUGGCUUGUACGCGUCUUGUAAAGACACCUCAAACUACUACAACUGCUACUGUCCCAGCGGAUUUUUGUUGGGAAAAGCCCGCAAAGAGGACUGUCAAGAUAUUGACGAAUGCAAGGGAAAUAGACACAAAUGUCAUGAAGACGCGGUCUGUAAAAAUACCAUUGGAAGCUACACGUGUCAGUGCAAAAAUGGAUUUAAAGGCAGUGGCCGUUUCUGCAGCGAUAUCAAUGAAUGCGAAAACUCCGCUAACCGGGUAUUAUAUUAUGAUAAAUGUUAAAUGAUUAUCCUUAUUUUGAUAAAUUUUUCCAUUUCUUCUUAACACCCACCGAUUUCCCUGCCUUGUUAUUUCACCUUCUUUACAAAACAGUGUGAUUUGUGUAACUCCCAUAUGAAACAUAGAGGGGUGUUCGUUGUCUCGCUUAGAAGUAUAAAUUGAAGACUUUUUCUCACUUACGGUUUUUAGGACUGAGAACUAAUAUUUUGAUCUAUGCAGAUAUCGCGUAGGUUGUUCGUAACGGAAUAUAUACUAGAAACGUUUGCCAACAGUUUAGAGGAGAAUUAUUGUGUGACAAAGUCAAAGGAACGUUGCGUGUCAGAAAGUGGUUUACUCUGCUUAGCGGCAAAACUGAUGAAUGGUCCUCGUUAAUUUUUACUUCCUGGCCAAACAGUAUCUGUGGCUGUUUGUAUUACAGUAAAAACCCACGAGUAAGAACCUACAUUUUCCAGGGUUAGCCUAAACAGGUUCUUACAUAAAUGGUGGUUAACAUAAAUUUAGGCUAUCUAGGUUCUUAAGAGGUUCUUAAUUUCUUGCAAAAAAUUAUGUCGUUGCUAAGAAGAUCUCAGUGAUCAGCACCCUUAAAUUUGCAUACCUAAUGAUUUAUUAUAUUUUAAUAUGACCAAAAUAGAGAUCUAUUCUCACAUGAAUUUUAAUUUCCUGAGUCAAAACAACUUUAUAUACAUGAUUGUGCUGUUAAACACAAUAUUAUAAACAUUUUCUCAAUGACCUCAAUCAGACAACAUAUAUAUGUGUACUAACCUGCCUUUUGGAAUUGCAAUCAGUAAAUAUUUUUAAAUGAUUUUUGAAAUUAAGAACCUUUCUCCAAAUUUUAGGCUAAAGAAGUUCUUAUAUAGAGGGGAUCUAAAGUGCAAAUUUUAGCCUAACGGGUUCUUAAUCUUAGGUUCUUACUCGUGGGUUUUUGCUGUAUUUCCUCUUGCCUCUUGUCAUUAUGCCAAAUAACUUAAUCCUUGCGAUAGUCCCACCUUGGAAAAUGAACGUAAUGGCUCAUGGUAUUUCUCACACUCAAUUGUUUGUGCUCUCGUAUGCCUAUAAAGAUUUUCAGUAGACUGCAGUCUUUCAUAAGUGCGUGGUAAAAUGUUGUAGGCAAGAAAUCUACUUCCAAAGAACACUUGGAGUUAUUUAUAAUAAACAACAGUGUUUUUACUGGUGUAAUUUCUCCAACUUCUGUUCUGAUUUUUAUAGAAACAUUGCGAACGACACAAAAACGCUUUUUGCAAGAAUUUUCCUGGGGGCUAUCAAUGUGAAUGCGUGCCUGGUUACCAUGGAGACGUUGCUCACUGCAAAGAUUUAGAUGAAUGCACUUCAAAAAAGCACCAAUGCAGUCCUCAUGCACAUUGCACUAAUACAAUUGGAUCUUAUCAGUGUAGAUGCAAGAAAGGUUUCCAUGGCGAUGGUCGAAGUUGUGAGGACAUCAAGGAGUGCAAAGAACCAUGGGUAAGAUAUUAAGAUAUUCCGCUUGGAAUACGAGCAUUGAGAUGUCAUGGGCACACCUUUGAGUAGACCGACCGAAGUCUUUGAAUAAAAAUUUUAUAUUUAUGAUAAUUCCGCGACAAGAAGACGGAGUAGUGGGGCAAGUGAGGAUGAUUAUCCAAGGCGUGGUGCGAUUCUUAAACACCGCUUUUUUUCUGUAUGAUAUCAGCAAACUUGCAGGCAUUGCAAAACAUUGAAAUUUUUUCGAUUCUUGUUACUUUAACAACUGUGCAGUUCGAACUUGUUUCCAAAUUAUUCUAGCAAAAAAUACAGCAACAACAAGGCAACAAAAAAACUAGUAUUGGGACUGAGUGUAGAAGGGAAGAAAAAUGAUAGAAAGAAAUAUAUGAAGCGGCGGUGUGGGUCACUCUCACUACACCCUGCGCUAAAGCAUACACUCCCUUUGUCCUCCUCUUGAGUGAGGAGGAGAAAAGGAGGAUUUGGCUGAAUCGCGUAAAGACUUUGACGUCGCCUCAGCCCAAACCUCUGAACUAGUCAAUCCUGUUUUCUCUCGUCAAACUGGGUUUUUCGAGUGCAAGCAUCCGUUUGUCGAUAAACCGAUGGUCAUUUACCGAGCCCGAUGUAGCAAGCACACUUUUUUUAAGGCCUGGGUUCCAAACUAUAUCUUAGCAGCAAGUUCUUACGUGCUUCAUGCAGAGUCUUUCUCGAAUACACCAAAAUCGGGCAAGCGAAAGAAAACUUCUACUAGCGGGGUGCUCUCACUGAUGAGAAAAUCGCAAAGACAGGGGAUCAAAAAUGACAAACAAAGCAAAAACACCACGAAGUAGUUUUCUAACAUUUGAACGGGAAGACUAUAAUUAAAUUUAACAGUUAAUGAGUGAGGCUGAGUAUCUUAUGAAGAAUUGUGGAGAUCGAGGAGGGUGUUACGGCCUCGACAGAUAACACCUUCCGAGAUCUCCAUAAUUCUUCACAUGAUACGAAAGCCAAAUUCAAUAAUUGUUUUAUUAUUAAUUCAAAAUAAUUCAUAGUUUAAAAACAAAGCUAAAACAUGCUUACCUCCAUCGAUGUUAAGUUCACCUUCGAUAGUGCACGUUUAGGGUUGUUCAGCUCCGCAAAUAUUCUCCAAAUAGAAGAUGUCGCCCUUCGAGUUGUGUUCUUGCUGUUCUAGCCAUGUUUUUAGGUAUAAUUUCGCCUAGUUCUUACUCUUGAAACGAGUGAAAUGUCCGCCAUUUUUUGUUUCCACAACCAAAACGACUCAACCUCAUCCCAGGUCUUCUCGGUUAGCGGUGCAUUAUGGUGGUUAUGGUGAAUUAUGCGUGUGCUUUCAAUCAGAAUCGGGGAAAUAUUUUGGAUGAAUAAUGAGAGCCACUAAUAUUCAUUAACGUGUUUGUUUGUGAGGUUUCUGUACUUUAGUAAAAACUCGUUUUGCGUUUUUCAUUGAAAACGAUAACAAGAAAACAAGUAAACCGGUUAACGAACCGUUCUUUAUGGGUUUUGCUGUCUUACAGAAAAGCCGUUCAUGUCAUGCACUCGGCCAGUGUGUGGAUACUCUUGGUGGAUACAAGUGUGAGUGCAAGGAGGGUUACUAUGGUGAUGGGGUUAAAAGCUGUGUACUUGCCAACGAAUGUGAACUUGGAAUCCACAAGUGCCACAAAACCUGGGCUACCUGUGUCAACACUCGCCAAAGCUAUGAAUGUCACUGUAAAAAAGGCUUUGAAGGAGACGGACGAACUUGCAAGGACAUUGACGAGUGUGCAAAGAAACAACAUAAAUGCAAUCUGAAAAUAAGAGGUGUUGAGUGCCUUAACACAGAUGGAUCGUACAAGUGUGUUUGUGGUAAAGGUUUCUCUGGAGACGGGAAACAGUGUGUGGAUAUUGACGAGUGCAAGCUUGGCUCUCACAACUGCGUUAAGGGUGCGAUCUGUGUAAACUUAGAUGGAAGAUUUUCUUGCAAAUGCAGAGAAGGUUUCUGGGGAGAUGGAACGAAAAAAUGCGAACGUAAGCAUUGUAUAGAAUAUGCUAUUGACACAAAAUUACUCUUACAUACAGUCCUAAUCGAUAAGUCAUUUCUUGUGGCAAAGCGAUGGAAGGUGUUUUAUUCGUUUAAUAUAUUUUUAUCCACUCCCCUCGGGGCUUUUCAAGGAUAAUUUACAAUACUGGUUGAGGAACAUUUGCCAGACUGCUCUUGGUGCAGAUUACAAGUAACAAAGUAAAGGAAAUGAUAAGCCCAAUUUUAUAGUGCAAAAAAGAGGAGGGGAGGGGUAGAAAAGCCCGAACACUUACGGGAAACGCCCUUCUCCCUGCUUUCUCCUCCUUUUUGGACGCCUGCCACGCGCUGCAAGCUACAAGUGAGAGAGUGUUUCUUUAACGACUCACAGAUGUGUGCAUGCAAGGGGUGUGCCGAGACAGGAUCUACGGUUUUAUCGUCUUUUUCCCAGAAGAAUAAAAAGUCUACUCGUUUGUAGUUACCAGUUUCUAGCACUUUUGGCACGCUCGCCUCAGUUGUUUAAAGACCCUUAGAGUAUGUCCGCCGUGGUUUCAACUAGCGGUCUCCCCCUCGGCAGACCGAUCCUCAUCCAGUUGAGAUAACUGGGCUGCAGUCGUUCCAAUAAGUAGUUGAAAGUGAAAAUUAGAUACUGGAUGACUAACCUUUCUACAGUGUGUAUUAUAUCCCCUUUAUCUUGCAGCGUUAACUGAGUGCAUGAGGAGAUUGCCGUAUUGUGAUGUACCCAGAGCGGUCUGUAGCAACAAGACAAAUGCAUCUGGGAAAAGAACAUAUGAGUGUUUCUGCAAAUCAGGUUUUACUGGUGAUAACAGCAACUGUACUGGUAAAUACCAUUAAUUGUCAUGUUUUUAAGCUAACUGUUUAUAGAAAAUUUCAGUAAAAAAUAUAUCGUGAAAUUCCAAAAAUUAACCUUUUUGUAUACAUCACUCCCCUCCACCUCUCCGGAAAAAAGAAAAAUGGAAAGGCAAGAAUUCUUCCGUUGGAAUAUGACAAGAAAGCCCAAAGAAACCGUGAGGCUUAUACAACAUGGGCUUUCUCUAUUAAAUUACAAAGGAUAAACCUAAUAUUAAUUUAACUAAUCGGCGAAGGCAGAGUAACAAUAAUAAGAAGGAAUAAGAUAUAUAUAAAAAAGGAUUGAGAUAAAAAAAAAAAAGAAGAUUGAGACAAAACACAAAGCUGACAAAGGGGGAUGGGGGGAGGCAAAUGAGCAAGCUAAGUAAGAAGGUGUUUCUUCAGUUUUUUUAAAGUUGAUACACUAACUGAGCUUAGAAUGAAAAGCGUGUUGUGUUAGUUCUGAACUUAGGGUUUUUGUCUAAGAAACACACUAUAAAUGAAAUGUAUGGUAUCUUGAUAUUUUCUUUAUUCUUGGUUUAGCCCUGUGCUUCUAAUCGAAUCAAUGCCCUAAUUUAUCCUUAGUAGCACAUUUUUUUACUUGAAAUAUUUCUAACCCAAAUUUCCCUCCAGUUAUAAGCCCCCCGCCCCCCGUUUCCCUGCAAUAAUAAGUCCCUCAGUAUAUAAGACUCUUUGAAUAUAGCCUCCAACGCAGACGUUCUUAGGGGUUCGUCGUUAGUGGGGCAGGAAGGCGUGACGAACCCCUAAGAACGUUUGCGUGGGAGGCUACUUCGAAUAUAAAUAGAAUAUAGGCUAAUUUGCAGGAUAUUAUUAAAAAUUACGUUCGUUUUAAUACGAAGACCACAACCAUACAUAAUGGCAUACACCUUUAUCUUUUCCAAGCAACGAACCUUCCUUUGAGCCUAACUGAAGUCAAGAACAGAGGUGGUUUUCGUCGCGCUUUUUCCCUCCAAUCCUUUUUUUUUCUCAACGAAAUCGUCGCAUAUCAAUCCCAUACAGAGUCUCAUUUUUUGUUCCCAAGAUAUAGACGAGUGCCUUAAUAAAGAUGCUUGCUCAAGGAAUGCUGUCUGCACCAACACUGCUGGUGGGUUUUCCUGUCGUUGUAAGAACGGUUUCGGAGGAAAUGGUUUCAAAUGUUCAGGUAGGCAGUGUCUUUGUGAUACAUUCUACUCACUAUAAACUGCAUUGGUAUGCCAGGAAUCAGUUACCCUGGAAUUAAUAAUUAAAAUAAAUAGUGCAUUUUACGUUUUGCUCACCCCCAACAUCCACUUAAGCUUUUUUUAAGCAGAAAUCUGGCAGUGGUAGCUAAGUCCAGUUUAAGAGGCUGUUUACGUGGGGGGAGGGAUAUCCUAGUAGGCGGAACAACUUUACGUUGCCUUACAUGCAGAAAUUUCGGUCUGUGUGGUGCCCAAGUAGAAAAUGAUCAAGAAGGAAUUAACAGCGGCGCGUGACAAAAACAAAAAUGCAAUUUGGGGUCUUCUGCUGUUUUUACUGGCGUUUUUCAGCAGAAUGAUUACAAUCAACAGAUAGUACUUACGCCAAACGAAAUUGUCAGCCUUUAUUGCCAUGGUUACCCAUGCACUAAACGAUCCGCCGGUGCAGUUGUCCCUUUCGUAAACGGUCGCUGCCAUUUUUAAGACACUUAGAAAAUUUUGACCUGUUACUGAGAUUGUUUGUAUUAAAAAGAAAGAAGAUUGCAACUCAGGGUCAAACCCGGACCUCGCGGAUCGAGUCUGGACCUUUCGUAUUCUUAUCACUCUCCCUUACCACUACACUACCACACCGACAAGCCAAAUAUCCAAAACAUUUAAGUACAUAAACUCCUCAACAGUUAUUCCUCGAGCCCGAAUGGGCUCUGAGUCAAUAGCUAUUAACUCAGAGGCCAUGAGGGCGAGCGGAAUAAUUGUUUUAGUAAAAUCCAACUAGUUGGUCAAAAAUAUCGAGAAUAAAAAAAAAUUAGCUAGUUAAAGCGAGACUUUAAUCCUUUUUUGCCGUCAAAAAGCCCGCGCUUUUCGCUACUAGUGGGCUAUAACAUAUAGCCUAGUAGUAGCUCAACCAAUCAGAACGCGGCAUUGAUAAUAGACCACUAGUUGGAUUAUACUAAUAACUGAUACGUCAAUAACGGGUGAUCCUAGCCCUGUCCAGAACUUUUAACGUAAAUUCAACUUGGAUUUCAACGUCGUCCUUCCUGAGGCAAUUCAAAAACCGGUUUUAUUUGUCUUAUUGUAACAUAAUCCAGGCAGUAUAUUACAUCAAUCAUGACUAAAGGCUUGGUUCUCAAUCGUGGUAUCGACCGUUAUAAAUGGCAGACCGUUUACGAAAGGGAAAUAGGCCCCGCCGCAAUUUUUGCCUGGUUUGUUUCUUACACUAGGAUCUUCCUAGCGAAAGCAGUUUAAGUAGUGCUAUAGGAUCUUCUUAGUACUAGGAUCAUCCUACAUCAGCUAAGAAGAUCCUAGCCAUAGGGACAAGUACAAUUACAACCCUUUGCGUGUAACCCGGCAGGGGAGGGUAUUCCCUUAUAUAGGCUAUAUAGGUUUGUGGGGCGCCAAAGGGUACGGUUUUUUUAGCCGUUUUGGUCUGAAAUAGGGUAUGAAUUUUGGUCAUUUUGGUCUGAAAUAGGGUAUGAUUUGUGCACUCUAGUCCUUAGGUAGGCACGUAUUCUGUAUUUAUGACGGCGCAUUAUGCAACCUGCUUUAUAGUAUGGAAUUUUAAUCUCGAAACUAGGGUAUCAAAUUUUUGAUCAGGUCCGAAAUAGGGUUGGGAAAAUCACACACUUUUGUCUGUAAUAGGGUAAGGGUUUCAGGAAGCUUGCCACACACCCUCACCCAAUUUUCUAGUCUGGAAGUACCCCCCACCCCCGGGGCGGGGGGGUGGGGGGGGGGGCGUGUAAACUGGAAACAGGAAAGUUGUCUCUAAGAUGGUCUGCCUUCUAGGGUCUUCCUGGUGCUAGGAUCUAUCUCCCUCUACGUAAACAGCCCCUAAACUUCCUUACUGCCUUUUCUCAUCUUUUACUUUGCUUGUUCUCUUUAAAGAUGUAAACGAGUGCUUUGCCGAUAAGACCGUGUGCCCUCCAAACGCCGACUGCAUAAAUAUCCAGGGAUCUUUUCAGUGCAAAUGUAAAACCGGGUUCAAAGGAGAAAAUCCAUACAAGCAAUGUUUAGGUAAGAGAGUUCAUAAAAAAGCAUUGUAUUUAAAGCUCAUAGGUAUGUCUAACCGUCAUUAGGGUCGUCACGCAACACUCCGCCCCAAGGAAGCAUUGCGUGACGUCCCUAAUAACGGCUGCGAAAAAGACUAACGGUAAUGUUACAUGAGACGAAUCGAAUUUUUAGCGCAACACAGCGUUGCAACAUUGUUCCGACAUUGUUUUGAAUAGUUACAGCAUUGUUCCAACAUUGCAACGAUGUGUUACGCUAAAAAUCGUCGUUGUGAAUCGUCCCGUGUAACAUCACCUUAAGGUAUGUGCGACACCGGUUGGGUUUUGAUUUGAAGCCGGGUUCAAAUUUUUAACUAAAGCGGUCUGCGAAAGUAUCAGUGGUGAGGUUUGUCUGUUAUUGAAUAUGUUCUUACAGGAGUUGUUAUAGGUAAAACAAAAGUAUCUUUUGGCUCUUGAGAAGUUCGAUUCGAUUACUUUGAGGCCUCUCUCGGAUAGUAAACCAAACUUGAGAAGUUUCUGGUUAGGUUGGGACGUAGGGUCAUGUAUCUGAGGCUGCACGAUGCACCGAAUAGUCUGGUAUAAAUUACGAAUCAAAUUUCGUCGAAUUUGGGACAGGCCUGAAUUAGAGUGUCUCAUUUAGGGGAAGGGUUCCAAGGAAUAUGCUUUCGUUGUAAGCUUUUCCCCCCCAAGUAUCCCCGGAAAAACGUGGAUCUUAGAGUCUCGUCGUUAGCCAUUUAAAAAGCCGCGUCAUUACUCAAUUACAUAUAAUGUUUCUUGGGUUCUUAAGUUGUAGUCAAAACUCAGAUUGACACCAUGCAACAUGGAUUCCAUAAUUUUUAAUUUUUAAAUUUUUAAAAUUUUUUUUUUUUUUUAAAAUUUAAAAUUUAAAAUUUUUAAAACUAAACUAGUGAGCAGCACUCUGCGAACUGUUGCUGUAAAACUUGUUUAUUCUCCUACGCGUUUCGUCUAACUAACGUAGACUUCUUCAGGGAGUUUUACAAUCAAAUACUAAACGCCUGUAUUUAAGCCACAAUAUGACUAAAACCGUGGCCCCAAAGUAUUCUUACGCCUUGCGUAAAAAAUUUCACAGCUGCGCCUGUUCCUUUUCGUAAAUCCGGCCAAACCUUCAAUGUUUGCGACCAUCAUUAUUUUUAGUCAUAUUAUGGCUUAAAUACAGGCGUUUAGUAUUUGAUUGUAAAACUCCCUGAAGAAGUCUACGUUAGUUAGACGAAACGCGUAGGAGAAUAAACAAGUUUUACAGCAACAGUUCGCAGAGUGCUGCUCACUAGUUUAGUUUUAAAAACUUUAAAAAUUAAAAAUUUAAAAAUUUAAAAAUUAAAAAUUAAAAAAAAAAAAUUCUGUAUUCGGAUAUACCUCGGAUUCUGAAUCUUUCGUCUUAUGGGGUGACAGAUUCUAAAGUACUUGUACAGAAAAACUUAGUCAACGCGCGUGUCGACAGAGAUGACGCCCUGGCCCAUGUUGACUGUGGUAUCCACUGGAUAAAUGUUUAUCUAGUUAUGGUGCAAUUACCAUUUUUCACUGCAUAGCGCCAUUCAGGUUUUCAACAACUGGGGCCCAAGAGUUGUUGCCUUGGUGUUAAAUCUGUUAACUACGAAUCGUGCCUCAAAGGAGCAAGACCAUGCGCUUCCUUCUCACAUGUCCCUACGCCCCGCGUAAGGGCAGCUUUGGGUGUUGCUACGUAUGGUUUGAAUAGAGUAAAAAUAAAAUUAAUUAAUAGAAUAAUUGAAGCGGAAGCAAUCUAAAAACGUAUUUUUGGAUCUAGAAUAUAAUAGCCCUCUGCUUGAAGUUUUCAAUUGGGGUUUGCCUUAGCAAAAAAAUGGCUUAUCAGUGUUUUUUUUUCCUUUCUGUCUAAUUUCAACGUAAAGAUGUCGAUGAAUGCACUCAAUAUCGGAUUUGCGACUAUGGCCAGACAUGUACAAACACUUUUGGAUCCUACGACUGCUCUUGCGACCAGGGUUACCAUGCCAUUAACGCAGAGAAAAAUAAGUGCGAAGGUGAGUGUGCUCAUUGGUCGAGAGCUAGGCUUUAUACAUGUAGACGAUAGAAUGGAUCAAGCAAUUAAUUCUGUAUCUCAUUUUCUCUGGCUUUCUGUUUCUCUUCUUCCCAGGGAAGUAUUGUAAAUCCCUUUCUUCUGCCGACUUUUAAAACUCUUGCACCGUCAGUAAUAUUUCCCCUAAAGAAUGUGAUUAGACCUAGGAAAGGAAACGCUAGUGAGUUAGCCAGCCCCAUAAUUACGUUUUACAGGUUUUGUAGAAGCUUCGUUGAAGCUCUGUAAGAUUUAACAGCACACGCCUACUACAGAUUGAUUGGUCCAAAUUGGUAUUUAUUCGAGUCUGAGAUUUUUCUCAGCCUACCAUACUUAGCACUGACAAAGAAAAACAAAAAUUUGUACAAAAACACGCUUCAGAAGAAACAAAGGUUCAAAAAAGUCCUCUGAUAUUAGGCUUUCUUCUUUCUACAAAUAAUUACAUAAUAGAUAUGAGUAAGAAAUCUUUUUGUCACAAAAUGGUUACAGAUAUCGAUGAAUGCAAGAACCUUACCACGCCAUGCGGAAAGUACAAUUUUAUCCGAUGCGAGAACACUGUUGGAGACUAUCUAUGCCGAUGCUAUCAUGGAUUCGAAUUUAGUAAGGAGUCGAGAGAGUGUAAAGGUAAUUAAAUGUCCAGUUCAAAAACCCUAGAGAAAAAACAAUGAAAUGUAUAAAUAUACUUUCAACUAUACAAUUGUUUAAGCUACAAAAUGACCCCACCCUCCAAAAACAAAUGCAAUCCAUCAAGCUGUAUUUUCGAUUCCUGAAAAGGUUAACUUCAAUGCCAUCACAUAGUAAUAACUAAAGAUUUUCCUCAAACUAAGGAGAUUAGACUUGCCGACUACUCAUUAUACCGUUCCACCAUAAAACGCCUUCUUAAUAACACUGCAAUAUUAAACCUUCCACGGAUCUUAAGAGCUAACGAUUAAUCGGAAAACGUACUGAUUCCUUUUGCUCUGGAUUUAAUCACUGGCCUGUUUUUGAUUCCCAGAGUCACUGAUUUCCUUCUCUGGGCUCUGUAUCCAUUGUUUUUUGUUUUCUGUUCUGUCGGUGGAUAAUUCCGGCCAUUUCCCUGCGUUUUUCUUUAGACAUUUUUAAUAGUCGAGGAUUUGUUUCAGACAUAGAUGAGUGCAACAAAGGCAAAUGGCCAUGCGCAGAAGAAGCUACGUGUAACAACCAAGAAGGAAGUUUCAGCUGUGCAUGUCCUAAAGGUUACCAUGGAGAUGGUGAAUAUUUCUGCGAGGGUAAGAUUCGGUCGUGCGUUACAAUUAGAGAGGUUCUCCUCACCGACGAAAUUUCAAUCGGCUCAUGGCUACAU